AUGAGCCACUACGAUAAGUAUACCGUUGGUUGGAUAUGCGCUUUAUCACUUGAGAUGGCGGCUUCCAAUAUCAUGCUGGACAAGACACACAAUGUUUUAGAACAGCCUCAAAAUGAUCCGAACUCGUAUAUAUAUGGAGAAAUUGGCAGUCAUCACAUAGUGAUUGCUUGCCUACCAGAUGGCGUUUAUGGUACUAUCUCCGCCGCAAAUGUGGCAGCUCAAAUGACUCGAACCUUUCGAAACCUCCAAUACCGUUUCAUGGUGGGAAUCGGAGCAGGAAUUCCAAGCGAAUCAACUGAUAUUCGACUUGGCGAUGUGGUUGUUAGCAAACCGACCAGUACAUUCGGGGGUAUUGUGAACUACGACUCGGGGAAACUUUUCUCGUCCGAAUUUCAACGAAUCGGCACCCUGAACAAGCCUCCGCCUGAUAUGCUAAUGGCGCUUUCGAAAUAUCGGUCUCUAGCUGAGGUUGACCGCAUUCACGAAAGCCCCAUCCAACAAAUCCUCUCAAAAGUUAGGGGCCUGAAAAGUGGAAGGGGAGAAAGGUUUGCUGCGCCUAGUCCCAAACACGAUAGACUGUUUCAGAUGGACUAUGAACAUGAAUCGAAAGACAGCUCAUGUCAUAAAUGUGACUCGGGAAAGACAGUAUCGCGGCCCCAAAGGAAAACAACGGAUCCGGUAGUACACUAUGGGAUUAUUGCUUCCGGGGACACUCUACUAAAGAAUGCCACAAUGAGAGAGCAACUUCGUCUUCAGUAUGGUGCAUUAUGUGUCGAUAUGGAAUCAGCAGGUCUGGUAGACAGUUUCUCUUGUCUGGUUAUCAGGGGCAUAUCUGACUAUGCCGACUCCCACAAAAAUAAUUUGUGGCAACCAUACGCCGCAGUCGUGGCCGCAGCUUAUACGAAAAGUCUGCUCCAGUCGAUUCCACAGCGCAUUAUUACUGCUCCUCUACAACCCGCCAUAGAAAUUGGCGACGGAUGUGUUGUGCUGGCACCUUGGGAGAAAUUUCUUCGGAGCCUGGAAGAACAUAACCCUCUAUAUGAAAGAAACCGAAUUCAAGAGCAAAGUGGAGGGGUGUUGAAAGCAUCGUGCGAAUGGAUAUUGAGCGAUCAUGGUUACAAAACCUGGGAGACAAGAAAGCACAACAGCCUACUCUGGAUUCAUGGGGAGCCUGGAAAAGGGAAAACUAUUCUCUCGCUUGGUAUCAUUGAACGACUAUCCAAAGAACUCCCCUCCGGAUACCUGGCAUACUUUUUCUGCCAGAAUCCCCGGUUUAACCAGGUCACCGACAUUCUGAAAGGGAUUCUUCAUGCUUUGCUUUGCGAAAACCCAUCUAUUGAGCCUCAGGUAUAUGCCAAAUAUGCCCGGGGUGGUGCCUGCACCGACUCAAAUGAAGUUUUUUUUCUCGGAGAAUUUUUCCUGUUCAUCCUGAACAGCCUACCCGCCAUGCCAACAUUUCUUCUAAUCGACGGGCUAGAUGUGUGCCAGAAGGAUUUACAGUAUCUAUUUUACUUAGUCCAGCAAACCCUCAGCCAGCUUCCACAUGUGAAAUGGUUGAUUUCAAGUCGAAACGAUCAUAACAUAGCAAGGUCGGCCAGCAGAAUAAAGCCUAUGACCGAGAUAUCUCUUGAACUUAACGAUAAUCGAGUGUCCGAGGCUGUUGAGUCCUACCUUGAAUGGCAGACAUUUGAGUUCUUUAAUGCAAAUGUGUCUAUGCUCAGCCGAGGUCAAAUGCUUGCGUCCCUGAGAUCGAUGUCCCAAGGAACCUAUUUGUGGGCUCAGUUCGCUUGCAAGGAACUCCGGUCAUUGCCAUACGAUGAACAACCCCGGUUCUUUACUGAAACGCCUACAGAUCUGGAAGAUAUGUAUAGAAUGAUGAUUCAAAAAUUGGAGGAAACUUUGAUUCCAGAAGAUUUGGACGAGACAAUUUUCUUGAUUCACGAAUCAGCACGAGCGUAUCUUCGCAAGAAGAUUCUCGGGACCAUUUCUGCCGAUAUGCACGCUGAGAUAGCAUCUCAGUCUAUCUUUUACCUCUCUGGUAACUUACAGAGAGAUAUUUGCAACCUUCGGGAUCCCAGCAUUAGUGUUGAACAAGUAUCUACCAAGUGUGAAAAGCUGAAAAAUAUCCGGUAUGCCUCCCUGUACUGGGUCGAUCACUUGAGUCAGGCAGAUGCUUUGGCAGAGAAUCGAGCAGCUCAGGAUAGGGGCAACGAAAUCGAGAAAUUUCUACAAAAUUUCUUUUUGCCGUGGGUUGAGUCGAUAAUUCUGCUUAAUUGUUAUUCAAAGGGAAUCUGCAUGGUCAAGACACUUAAGAGAAUUUUGCAGGUAAUGGACACUCCCAAUAAAGAUGAAACCCCCCUUCCCAAUCUAACGCUAUGUGAAUUCCAGAAACAUAGGUUCCCGGAUCUUUAUGCCUUUCUCAAUGAUGCGGAGAAGUUUAUGCUUUGGAGCAGAGAUGUCGUUGAAGAGGCACCUCUUCAACUUUACAUAUCUGCGCUUGCCUUUGCCCCGAGGAAGAGUAUUAUCAAGCUCGUGUUUCAGGAUCACCUCCCGCCAUGGUUUGAAUUUUCCAAUGACCUUCAUGAUGACUGGUAUCAACGCCCGUUAGUCCCAAUGAGCCCAAACCCUUUCAGGGACAGUGCCAAUUUUGUGACCUAUGCGUGCUUCAGUCCUGAUAGUAACAAAAUCCUCUGUGGAAACGAGCGCGGCCAAAUCCAAGCUUGGGAUGUUGAGACGCUGAGAGUUCUUGGCUACUGUAGCCUUCACUCAGAGCCAAUCAUAAUGAUCAAGUGCUCUCAUAAUGGACAACUUAUUGCUUCGAUCACAGAGAGUCAGAUCCGCGUGCUAUCGAUUUCGGACUUUGAAUCAUGCGUGACUCUCGACGGAUAUCCCAAAGCAGCCAAGACUUUGGUAUUCUCCCAAGACAGCAAUUUAAUUGCAAUCGCCUGCACCGAUUUCCGGAUUUGUGUCUGGUGCACACGGAGCGGAGCAAUUCAAGCAGAGCUUGCCGGGCACGUGAAGGAAAUAGAUACAUUGGAAUUCAUUCCGUGCUCCCGGCGACUACUGAGUAUAUGUGUCAGGAAAACAGCCAUAAUGUGGGACAUUGACACGGAGGGCCAAAUUUGGGCCUUGGAGGGAUAUGUGAAGCCUCACAAAUUGCCUGCCCCUUCCCCGGGAACCACUUGGCCAAUUUGCACACUCAAGAACAAUUGCGUCGGAAUUCACGAUCCUUUCACGGCUAAAGCUCAGUGGAGCUCAACAUCUCAGCUCGAAGUCAGAUUUGUGUUGUACCGCCCAUUACAGCUCUUGGUGCGUGUCUUUUCGAACGGGUCUGUCGAUGUUUGGAACCUAAGGUCAUUUGAUCUUGUCUUCAACACUCAAACCCGAUAUCAAUCCCAUGUGUUUCUUCCUGACGAGGUUGCCGUUUCACCAAAUGCUCGAUAUUUAGCUCUUGGGUCCCGGGAUGGUGUGGAUAUAUGGGAUUGUUUCACUGGUACUUCAAAGCAAGACGUCUUGAACUGGCGGGAAGAGUCCCCAAAAAAAUUUCGCCCAUCUAUUAAAUAUCUUCCAAAUAACCUGAGUUAUGUUGAACUGUACGCAGAUUUGUGGAAGAUCGACCCGAGCAAAAUUCAACCUGACCUCCCAGUGGUCCCGCAAUCGAGCCAAGAUCCUUUUGAGCAAUUCCGCGUUGCCAUAAUACACAAUCGAAACAUUUCAAUAAGGGAUCGAGGGAAUCCGGAAAGAUACGUGUGGCUGUGUGGACAUAUCUCGAAUGUCAAAACUGUUACUUUGUCAGAGUCUGGAAGCUUCUGUCUUUCGACUUCUGAAGACGGGGCAGCGUAUCUCUGGGAAGUUCCAAGUUUGCAUUUAGAGCCUAGUCUCGCAGACCCAGAAUUAUGCGCUUCACCUGGUUCAUCAAACGGCCAUUCUUUCUUCUCACCGGACAAUAAGUUGUUUGUUACCAUCGCCGGUGACAUUCGAAUUGAUAACGUGCAACAGCGCAAAAGGAUAUUCCACCUCCGUGCCCGGGAUAUCGAGCACGGGAAGUUUUCCAAUGACAGCAAAUAUCUGGUGUUUUUUGCAUCUUCCAAGUACUUAGGUCUAUGGAAUGCAGAAACAAACAUCCUGGAAUGGGUACUACCCUUUGAAGCUGGACCACAGGAGGUCGUGCAUAGUCCAAGUUGGGCUUGGCUACCUAAAUGCCGGAUUCUCCGAUGCUGGGGUGAUGAUGUCAACAGAAAAGAAGACGGACAUGCCAAGACUAUCCAUACCAUAAAUUUCUCGGCGAACAAUCGAUGGCUUAUGACCAGCGAUGGUGAGACUAUUCGACUUCGUGAUCCGGCUACCGGAAAACUUCAAUCUUCUUUCGAAAGUGCUUCAUCCUCGCCUCUCCGCCACGCUUUAUUCACUUCUGAUGGCAAAUACGUCAUAUCACUCGAAGGGGAAAGAUCAACACGACUUAUAGAAGUGGAAACAGGCACGAUUGUGUGGACUGAACAGAUAUCUACGACAUGCAACACUCUUCACCCUAAUAAAGGAAUGGGUGUUGUGCCUGUUGCUGCCUUGAAUUCAUCAUUACCUUGUUUUUCGCCACCCUUUUCCAUCAUUGAUGGGUCUACAUCGAAGGAUUAUGGCCCAUCUGCAGUCCUAUCUCCUCAUGAUUUGCUAGUGGCGGUGCGUAUGGGGGCCGAAAGUAUCCACAUUCGCACUGUCAAAAAAGGAGAGCUGCUAUGUGAGUUGAAGUUUUCCGGUCAAUCUAUCCUUGACUUUACAUUUAUCGACGAAGGAGACAAAAUCUCUGUGUUGCUUGAAUUUCAUGACGAAAGAGAACUCCUGAUUUUCAAGUCUCGGGCAGGACAACUGCCCGACUUUCGUUUCCUGUGA